GCCACUGGCCAGAGGUUUUCCGCCCAAGAAAUGGUGCCAUUUGAGUGGGUUCUUUGGGGGAUGCUUCUCGUCUAGGACUGCUGCUGGUGGCUGUGAUGGAGAGCGACUCCAUCGAGGAGAAGCUGCCCCGGGCGCUACCUCUGGCAACACUGAUCGGCCGCGAGCUCCGCGGCGGCGGCUCCGAGCGCCCGCUCGUGCGGUUCGGCCACUCCGGUUUCGCCAAGCGAGGCGAGGACCACUUCCUCGUCAAGCCCGACUGCCUCCGCGUCCCCGGUGACCCUUCCUCCGCCUUCUCCGUCUUCGCCGUGUUCGACGGGCACAAUGGCGUGUCGGCGGCGGUGUUCAGCAAGGAGCACUUGCUGGAGGACGUGAUGAGCGCCGUGCCGCAGGGUAUCAGCCGCGACGACUGGCUGCAGGUGCUGCCGCGCGCGCUUGUGGCGGGUUUUGUCAAGACAGACAUUGACUUCCAGCGCAAGGGUGAGAUGUCUGGGACGACGGCGACCUUGGUCGUCAUUGAUGGAUUCACUGUCACUGUGGCGUCGGUCGGGGACUCCAGAUGCAUCCUGGACACUCAGGGUGGUGCGGUCUCGCUGCUAACUGUGGACCAUAGGCUAGAGGAGAAUGUAGAGGAGCGGGAGCGUGUCACGGCGAGUGGAGGGGAGGUCAGCCGGCUGAACCUCUGCGGUGGACAACAGGUUGGCCCUCUCAGAUGCUGGCCUGGUGGAUUGUGCCUUUCAAGAUCAAUUGGGGAUACCGAUGUUGGGGAGUUCAUCGUGCCAAUUCCACAUGUCAAGCAAGUGAAGCUCUCAAAUGCUGGAGGAAGGCUAAUAAUUGCAUCAGAUGGAAUAUGGGAUGCAGUGUCCUCAGAGAUUGCGGCUCAAGCGUGCCGAGGUUUGCCUGCAGAACUGGCUGCAAAGCUUGUCGUUAAGCAAGCUCUGAAGACAACUGGACUGAAAGAUGACACGACCUGUGUAGUUGUUGACAUCAUCCCAUCUGAUCAUGGUUCAACAUCAGCACCAUCAUCUCCAAAGCAUAACCAGAACAAGUUGAGGUCUCUUCUUUUUGGUAGGCGGUCUCAUAGCUCUGUUGGAAAGCUUGGCAACAAAAAAAAGUCUGCUUCAUUUGGCUUUGUGGAGGAAUUGUUUGAAGAGGGCUCUGCAAUGUUGGAAGAAAGGUUGGGGAGGAAUUCUCCAUCAAAAGCAAAUGUGCCCCCAUUCCGCUGCGCGAUCUGCCAAGUGGACCAAGUGCCAUUCGAAGAUUUAAUAACUGAUAAUGAAGGAGGUUACAGUUCUGCCCCGUCAACACCAUGGGCUGGUCCUUAUCUUUGUUCAGGAUGUAGGAAAAAGAAGGAUGCGAUGGAAGGUAAAAGAUCUAGCCGCUCGACUGCAUGCAGUUGAAAAUACCAACAGGCCUGGUCCUUGUCCAUGAGAAGUAGAUUCUGGUUCAGUUUUCUGUUUGAUGUAAAAGGAGAGAAUAAACUGUUUGCUGCUGGACCAAAGUAUCGUUUGGUGAAACUAACAGUAUUCUAGCCUGAACUGAAGAUAUUGGGCUACUAACAAGCUUGGAGUCUACCAAUGGCGCUCAUGAAAUUUCCAUUCACGCUGAGAAGAUGGCUACCGGAACUUCAAGACUAGUUUCUUUUGUGUAACUUAGCAUGUAAAGUGAAAUGGCUAGCCUAAAAAUGUUUGAGAAAGCGACAGCUAGGCUUCUCGAUGCUGCCUUGGAAUGUGUUUUAUAUGGA